AGUAAAGCCAGAGCCAAAACACUCCUCUCUCUCCCUCUCGCCGUGAUUUGAAAUUAGGUUUUUUUUUUUCUCAGUGAGCUCAGUUCUAGAAGCAAGAUUCACAAUGGAAGUCGAAAAUUCACAGAUUUUAAAUCUCCCUGCUGAAAUCAAAUGUCUAGAGUCUGAUGUAGUAAUUCACAGCUACCAAAUGUCUACAGUGGAUGAGAAUGUAUACUCUAGGUUCAGUUCCGACUACGAUUUGGACACCGAAGAAUAUCUUGGAAGUGGAGCAAAUGGAGUUGUAGUUUGCUGCAAGAACCGGUUGGAUGAAAAAACGUAUGCUAUAAAGAAAAUCUCAGUAUUCGUUGAUGAGGAUUUCCCAUUUGAUGAACUCAUGAGGGAGGCUGUCAUUUUAUCCAAGUUCAAUAACCCUGCAAUUGUCCGAUACCAUUCGGUAUGGAUUGAACCUACUUUUGUUGGCAUAACUGGAGAUCCUCAAAUACCAACGGAAGAGCAUCCAGUUGAGACAGACCAACCAUGCCUGUACAUUCAGCAGGAGCUAUGUGACUGCACGGUAGAGCAAAAGAUGAAGGCUGGAGCACUUACGCCGGAAGAAUGUGCACACAUUUUCUUGGAAACCGCAAAAGGCCUGAAACACAUUCAUGGUCACAAUAUCAUGCAUGGAGACAUUAAGAAGGCAAAUAUAUUCUUCAGCAACGGCCUGCUGAAAAUUGGAGAUUUUGGCCUCGCCCAGGAAAUAGGCGAUGGUACAAAUGAGAUUAAAACCAAACCUCCAUACUCAGCACCUGAUGAACUGGUUAAUGCAAAAGCUGAUGUGUUUAGUUUGGGUAUUCUGCUGGUUGAGAUGCUACUUAACAGUACUGGAGGACAUAAAGCAUCUGAGGUAAUUCGUAUGCUGACAAAACGAGGAAAAGCAGAGCUUCCUGACAGCUGGCCUGAUGGCUUACUAAAGACAUGGGUGAUGAGGAUGCUAAAAAAGGAACCAUCACAGAGACCUUCAUCAUCAAGGAUAAUGAAGAAGAAAGUAGAAAUAGAGGAUGCUAUUCUCAAGUUUCAUCUGAAAAAGAAGCAGAAGGUACAUGCCACUGCCGAAAAGCAGAUUGAAGGUAUGCAGCACAAACACAGGAAGCCUAAGAAUGUCAAAGGUAAAGUUCAAAGACACAGAAGGCAUAGUCUACUGUAAUUGUCAGUUGCUGUCAUUCUUCUUCAACAAAAACAUACGGUAAAAGUUCAAAGUACUUGAUAGGGUAAACAUCAAAUGAUUUAACAGUUUCAUGCACGAGGGUUUCUAUGGACGAGAUCUAUGUUUUGGUUCUAUUGGAGAACUUUAAAUACAAUCGAUAAUGGUCACAAAUGGAGGAUGUACUGAUGUAGGGGAAUCAAGAAAUUAUGUUAGACAAUAUAUUGGUUUAUUACAAUGUAAGCUUUGAAUUCUGACUGCCUUUAUUCUAAUUUUCAAAUAUUGGUAUAUAUCCUAUAGGUAUAUUCACUCUAUUGACAUAAUGGUGUAUGUGGAAUCCGAAGUUUUACUGUUAAGACUCAUUAUAUUCUUAUUUUCCGAGUAACAAU